AUGGCAGCUCGAUUUUUGCGGCCGCAGCUGAUCCGCUCUUCGAAGGCUGCUAUUGAAUGUGCCUUUUGUGCGCAGCGUCGCUCCAGUCAAUUCACCAGACUUCCCUACGCCAGCAGAUUACGUCCUUCCUUGUCGAGAUCCUACGCCACUGUGAACUCCAGUGAACCGAAGCCGCCGCAGGAAGACCCCGAAAAGCCGAAAAAAGAUGGGGACAAAAGCUCCAAGGCUCCUAAGCAAGACUCAAGCAAGAGCCCCAAUGAUGGCUUACCUGCGGAAGAUGCCAGCAAAUUGGAGUUUUCACCUCUCACGGAGGAAGAGGUCAGACAGAUCAAUGAGGUCGCCAAAAUGAUCAAGACCGGCCUCCCGAAAUCGCAGGCUGCGGCCGUUGACGAAGCUGUCGAGCUGAUGGCGAAGGGUGGAAUCCCCAAAGAGCUCCGAGAGGUGUUGGAGGCGCGGAGGAGAAACCCAGAGCAGCGGAUCGAUUUGGCCACCACUGUGCGCCUGGUCGGGGUGUUCACGAAACUGUCUCGCAUGAGCCCGGCAGAAGUUCGAGAAAAAUAUGGCCACACAGCUCACUCCACCAAGGCUCAAGGGUCGGAGAAGGAAGAGACUCCUCUUUUCGAGCAGUCAAACAAGAGUCAGGAAAACGAAAACGAAAACGGCCGACAACGCAAGCAACAGCAGCAAGAAGGUGAUGCGAAGGGUAAGCCCGCAGCCUACGAGCUCAGAUUGGAUGCGGGUACAAUGGUAAUGGCCGCCAUCCUUACAUACUACAUUUACCGCAGUCUCUAUCCUGGAGAAGCAUCAAGGGACAUCACGUGGCAAGAGUUCAGAACCACCUUCUUUGACAAGGGUCUCGUGGACAAGCUCACCGUCAUCAAUCGGAAUCGGGUCAGGGUCGAAUUGAACCGAGACGCCGUUGCCCGCAUGUAUCCAGAGUCACCAGCCACUCGACCAAACUUCAACUACUACUUCUCGAUAGGCUCGGUUGAAGCCUUUGAGAGAAGACUGGACGAAGCUCAUCAGGAGCUUGGAAUCCCCAGCAGCGAAAGAAUACCGGUCGCAUACUCGGACGAGGUGCCUCUGAGUGCUGCGCUGUUCAACUUCGGUCCCACACUUCUGUUCAUCGGCGCCUUGUUUUGGUUCUCUCGAAGGGCGGCAUCAGGUGCGGGCGGGCAAAGUGGAAUCUUUGGUAUUGGCAAGUCGAGAGCCAAGAGAUUCAACCACGAAACCGACGUCAAGAUCAAGUUCUCAGAUGUUGCUGGCAUGGACGAAGCAAAAGUCGAGAUCAUGGAGUUUGUCUCUUUCUUAAAGGACCCUUCCAAGUACCAGAGAUUGGGUGCAAAGAUUCCUCGCGGCGCUAUUUUGUCUGGCCCCCCGGGAACUGGUAAGACGUUGUUGGCCAAAGCAACAGCUGGCGAGUCCGGUGUCCCCUUCUAUUCGGUUUCAGGCUCGGAGUUCGUCGAGAUGUUCGUGGGUGUGGGACCUUCCCGAGUACGAGAUCUGUUUGCAAACGCCCGGAAGAAUGCUCCAUGCAUCAUCUUCAUCGACGAGAUUGACGCCAUCGGAAAAUCAAGAGCGAAACAAAACUUUGGCGGUGGCAACGAUGAACGGGAGUCCACCCUCAACCAGAUUCUUACCGAGAUGGAUGGUUUCAACACCUCUGAACAAGUCGUUGUGCUUGCGGGUACAAACAGACCGGACGUCCUCGACAAGGCUUUGAUGCGUCCCGGCCGGUUCGACCGACACAUUGCCAUUGACCGACCAACUAUGGAUGGCCGGAAGCAAAUCUUCCAGGUCCAUCUUCGAAAGAUUGUCACCAAUGUUGACAGGGAAUAUCUGACCGGACGUCUUGCGGCGUUGACCCCGGGCUUCUCAGGUGCUGACAUUGCCAACUGUGUCAACGAAGCUGCUCUGAUCGCCGCUCGUGCGAAUGCAGCGUCGGUGGAGAUGUCACACUUCGAACAAGCAAUCGAGCGUGUCAUCGGUGGUCUCGAGAAGAAGUCGCUGGUUCUCUCGCCGGAGGAGAAGAAGACUGUGGCAUACCACGAAGCUGGUCAUGCCAUCUGUGGGUGGUUCUUCAAAUACGCCGAUCCACUCCUCAAAGUCUCAAUCAUUCCAAGAGGACAGGGUGCUCUGGGUUACGCACAGUAUCUUCCUGCAGGUGGCAACGACGUGUAUCUGAUGAGCGUCAAGCAAUUGAUGGACCGCAUGGCCAUGACGCUCGGCGGCCGUGUCAGCGAAGAAAUCUGGUUCGACACUGUGACAAGCGGUGCGUCAGACGAUUUCAACAAGGUCACUCGUAUGGCCACUGCCAUGGUCACCGAAUGGGGUAUGUCGCCCAAGAUCGGCUAUCUCUCGUACAAAGACGACGAGCAGCGCCUGCACAAGCCCUUCUCCGAGGAAACGGCUCGGAAUAUCGACGAGGAAGUCCGUCGCAUCGUCGAUGAAGCAUAUAAACAAUGUAAGGAUCUGCUACUGGAGAAGAAGGACCAGCUGCAGGCCGUGGCGGAGGAACUGUUGAAGAAGGAGAUGCUUGUGCGAGAUGACCUCGUCAGGAUUCUGGGCAAGAGACCGUUCGAGGACCAGGGAGAUUUCCACAAGUACUUCGACAACACGGAGGGAAAGAGUGCACCGUGA